CGCUCGCCGGCUCCAGCGGCCGCACGGUGAGUACCCGCGAUCGCGAGCCCGCAGCCCCCGCCCCAGCUGCCCCAGCGCUUCUUUCGUUGACUUCUCCUUUAGACUCUGUGGCUGUUGUUUUCUAUCCUACCAAACGACUCCACAGCCUCACUGCCACCGCCGCCCGCCUCCCGCCUCCUUACCCUUGCCAGGCUCGCCCCUCAAGCCCCAGGAGCCGACCAGGGGGGUCCCCGGGCCGCCCUGACCGCUGCUUCUUGUGGCUGAGUGCGGCCCUAGGCGGGCGCUUUCUUCUUUGACCCUCGAAAUGCUGUUUCGUUCCUAGGGCUCCCCACUUCUCCGGGCUCCAAGGCUGGAAGCCCUCUGGGAAAACCCCUUGGGGACUCAGGACCCCUAGCUUCAGGUGGACGCUCCUGGCUCAGGGUGUCCUCUUCACUGUAUGCGGGCCCGGGUACAUUUGCUCAGAAAACCAAGAAGCCAUCGUCAUUUCCCAAAGCUGCACGCCCCCAGCCACCUCCGCAGUCUGAGAACCAUUCCUGGGACGCCCGGCUUGCCUUGUUGACCCCUCAGCCAAGGAGUUAGGACAGUGUUUGUUUGCCUCCUAAAAUGCUCCCAGGGACUUCAAUGAGAAGGGAGGAUCAACUUGCUUCGGUUUGACUGGAAGAGAUGAAACAGAUAAUAGAUAAAUUGCUUGAUACUUGAACAAGAUGUAAGAUAGAUGGGGGAAAGAGGAGUGAGCUGGCAGCGACAGACAGCUUAGGGACAGAUAAGAUCGACAAAUAAGGAGCAUCUAAGCAAGCAGAGAGGGAGGGAAAGAGACCUCAAAGAUUUCAGGUUCUUCGCUGAAGGCUUUGGAAUUCGGGCCCCCUAUUAGGUUGAAGCUGCCCCCCCCAAUGGAUUUGCCUUUUCAGCCAAGUUCGGGGGAGGGAGUCCUGAGGAUUGGACUGGGCUGAAGAGCACCUGCCGCCACGCACUGGAGCUCUGAGUGUAUGAAGACACGUGGGGUGACUAGGCGACCUAAAAGGCCCUAAAUAUCAAUUUCUGGGUCCUCCACCAGGCUAGUCUGUGGACACAGCUUCCUGUCUGCCUCCUCCAGAAACCAAAGCGGGGGACCACCAGCAACUUUUUAUGCCUGGAGUUUUACAGUAGCUUCCAAGAGUGACCAAGAUUCUUUCUAGUCCAUAUGAGCUGGGAUAUCGGGGGCAUGGAGAACACUCAAAGAGGAAACACCCCCAGGAAAGGAGCAGCCCAGAGCCUGGGGAGCCUGGGUUUGGCCUGAGGAAAUUAGGCAUAUGUGAAGACUUAGGGAAUGUGUUUCCAAGAAGUGACUCUGGAGAAGCCUCUGUGAGAAUCUCUCUGUCCCAAGCGCUGACCCAGACGGAAGCCAGCUUUAGUCUGGAAUGCAGCUAAAAAUGCAGAAAAUGUGGUUAAAAACGGUGUGAUCCUGGCCCAACUGAUGGCUGGCAAGAAAGCUUUUUGUAAAUCCAGCUGGACACUUUUUGCUCAAGGAACACGGGGCGCAAGGCGUCAGAAGAGAAGUCCAGGGUUGUGCAAGCCAGUACUGUUGCUCCUGGAAGCCGGUCGUCACGGAGCUAGGUGCAGUGGGGGCCACCCGAGGCCUCCGUGCACUCGACAAGCUUUGGAAAGGGUAGGGUUCAGCACCGCGAACAGCGGUGGCCUCCUCCACCUCCUCGUCACACAUUCUUCUUGAACCUCCAGCCCUCCUCCUUCUCCCUGCCCCCACCGCUGCAUCCCUCAGUUUGGUGAUGGGCAGUGAGUGCCCCUCCCUCGCCUCCCACCUCUCCCCUCCCUGCCCCCCCCCCCGCCCGCACGCGUGCAUGCGCGACUGAGCAGAGGGGCCGCUGGUCCCCGAAGUCCGGGCUUCAGGACCCUGUCGGGCAGGGAAGGCUGCGAGGUAGCUGAAAGCAGGCGAACCUGCGUGCGGGCCGGAAAGCCUGGAUUUGGCUAUGGCAUUGCUGUGUGGCCUUGGGCAAGUCACUCUCCGUCUCUGGGUCUCACUUCCUUCCCAAUCUGAAAACAGGAUUGAGUUCCUGGCAGCCGGGGCUUUCCUGAGGUUUCUAUUUUUCCCUUUUCCUCCCUUAGCCCCCGGGUGCUUUUGUUUCAGCGCAGGCACGGGUCUGAAUAACAAAAGGGGCCAGUCCAGGGGACGAAUGAGCUUGGACUCCUUACAGCCAAGUAACCCCCUCGCACCCCACACGCUGCGCCCCGCUGGGCGGGCCUGAACCGAGGUAGCGUCGCUAAAAAUGGCUCAUCUGCUCUCUGCUCUCUCUGUUUCUCAGGAGCGGCGGCGGCAUGGAGGCUCUCACCACUCAGCUGGGGCCGGGGCGCGAGGGCAGCUCCUCGCCCAACUCCAAGCAAGAGCUGCAGCCCUAUUCGGGAUCCAGCGCUCUUAAACCCAACCAGGUGGGCGAGACGUCGCUGUACGGGGUGCCUAUCGUGUCGCUGGUCAUUGAUGGGCAGGAGCGCCUGUGCCUAGCCCAGAUCUCCAACACCCUGCUCAAAAACUACAGCUACAAUGAGAUCCACAACCGCCGCGUGGCCCUGGGCAUCACGUGCGUGCAGUGCACGCCGGUGCAGCUGGAGAUCCUGCGUCGGGCCGGGGCCAUGCCCAUCUCCUCUCGCCGUUGCGGCAUGAUCACCAAACGAGAGGCCGAACGCCUGUGCAAAUCAUUCCUGGGUGAGCACAAGCCGCCCAAACUGCCCGAGAACUUCGCCUUUGACGUGGUGCACGAGUGCGCGUGGGGUUCCCGGGGCAGCUUCAUUCCCGCCCGCUACAACAGCUCUCGCGCCAAGUGCAUCAAGUGCGGCUACUGCAGCAUGUAUUUCUCGCCCAACAAGUUCAUCUUCCAUUCGCACCGUACACCCGACGCCAAGUACACUCAGCCCGACGCCGCCAACUUCAACUCGUGGCGUCGGCACCUCAAACUUAGUGACAAGUCGGCCACCGACGAACUGAGCCACGCUUGGGAGGACGUCAAGGCUAUGUUUAAUGGCGGGACGCGCAAGCGGACCUUCUCGCUGCAAGGAGGCGGCGGAGGCGGCGCUAACAGCGGGUCUGGCGGUGCAGGGAAGGGCGGCGCUGGUGGCGGCGGCGGUGGCGGCCCAGGGUGCGGCGGCGCAGAGAUGGCCCCAGGCCCACCGCCUCACAAAAGUCUGCGCUGCGGUGACGACGAGGUGGCUGGGCCUCCGGGACCACCUCCACCGCAUCCGCAGCGUGCACUAGGCCUGGCGGCCGCAGCUAGUGGCCCUGCAGGACCCGGAGGGCCUGGGGGCAGCGCGGGAGUUCGCAGCUACCCGGUGAUUCCAGUGCCCAGCAAAGGCUUCGGCCUCUUGCAGAAGCUGCCCCCGCCUCUUUUCCCACAUCCUUACGGUUUCCCCACAGCGUUCGGCCUAUGUCCCAAAAAGGACGACCCAGUGUUGGUCACCGGAGAACCCAAAGGCGGCCCUGGCACCGGGAGUGGUGGGGGCGCCGGCACCGCCGCGGGUGCCGGAGGCCCGGGGGCUGGCCACUUGCCCCCGGGAGCAGGGCCAGGCCCUGGCGGCGGCACUAUGUUCUGGGGACAUCAACCUUCCGGCGCAGCCAAGGACGCAGCGGCGGUAGCUGCAGCAGCGGCCGCCGCCACUGUGUACCCGACGUUUCCCAUGUUCUGGCCAGCUGCCGGGAGCCUCCCGGUGCCGCCUUACCCGGCCGCACAGAGCCAAGCCAAGGCCGUAGCGGCCGCGGUGGCUGCUGCUGCUGCUGCGGCGGCGGCGGUGGCUGGCGGUGGCGGCCCGGAGUCUUUGGACGGUGCCGAGCCAGCCAAGGAGGGCAGCCUGGGUACGGAGGAGCGCUGUCCGAGCGCUCUGUCCCGCGGGCCCCUGGACGAGGACGGCGCGGACGAGGCGCUGCCUCCGACCCUGGCUCCCCUGCCCCCUCCACCACCGCCACCUGCCCGCAAAAGCUCCUACGUGUCAGCCUUCCGACCCGUGGUCAAGGACGCGGAGAGCAUCGCUAAGCUCUACGGCAGCGCGCGGGAGGCCUAUGGCUCGGGGCCUGCUCGUGGGCCAGUGCCGGGCACAGGGACCGGAGGAGGCUACGUGAGCCCGGACUUUCUGAGCGAGGGCAGCUCUAGCUACCAUUCUGCCUCGCCCGACGUGGACACCGCUGACGAACCCGAGGUGGAUGUAGAGUCCAACCGCUUCCCCGACGAGGAGGGCGCCCAGGACGACACCGAGCCCAGCGCACCCAGCACGGGAGGUGGCCCAGACGGCGACCAGUCCGCUGGGCCCCCAUCUGUCACAUCCUCGGGCGCAGACGGUCCCACGGACUCUCCUGAUGGCGAUAGCCCUCGCCCUCGCCGCCGCCUCGGGCCACCGCCCGCUGGCAGAUCCGCAUUCGGGGACCUGGUGGCCGAUGACGUGGGGCGGAGAACUGAGAGGAGCCCACCCAGCGGCGGCUAUGAACUGCGAGAGCCUUGCGGGCCCCUGGGAGGCCCCGCGGCGGCCAAGGUGUAUGCGCCUGAGAGGGACGAACACGUGAAGAAUGCGGCGGCGGCGGCGGCGGCGGCGCUGGGGCCCGCGGCCUCGUACCUCUGCACCCCGGAGGCCCACGAGCCAGAUAAGGAAGACAAUCACUCCACGGCCGACGACUUGGAAACUAGGAAAUCCUUUUCAGACCAAAGGAGUGUCUCCCAGCCAAGCCCUGCAAAUACAGAUCGAGGUGAAGACGGGCUCACUUUGGAUGUCACAGGAACUCAACUGGUGGAGAAAGACAUUGAAAACCUGGCCAGAGAAGAAUUGCAGAAAUUGCUUCUGGAGCAAAUGGAGCUUCGCAAGAAGCUGGAGCGGGAAUUCCAGAGUCUCAAAGAUAAUUUUCAGGAUCAAAUGAAGAGGGAAUUGGCUUAUCGGGAAGAAAUGGUACAACAGCUGCAAAUUGUCAGAGAUACCUUGUGUAACGAACUGGACCAGGAGAGGAAAGCGCGCUAUGCCAUCCAGCAGAAAUUAAAAGAAGCUCACGACGCCCUCCACCACUUCUCCUGCAAGAUGCUGACACCCCGGCACUGCACCGGCAACUGCUCCUUCAAGCCCCCGCUGUUGCCCUAGCGCCGGCUUGGCCGCGCCCACGCGCCCUCAAGCCAUGCUGCUCCUUUCUGUAAAUACCCGCUGCCGCGGCGGCCCAGAGCGAGGAACAAGCCAUUAGGACCCGACCGUUGUAAAUACAGCCGCCCGCCCGCCGGUCCCCAUCCAGGCCCGGCUCGGUUUCCCACUGUAAAUACUGCCUCGCCCCUCCUUUGAACUCCAGGGCAUCAAACCCCAAGGGGUAAACUGGACUCACCGGGGAAAGAAACGGGAGAGGGGAGACCUCUUUCACACACACCCCACUCCGGCCUGAGUAGGUCCUGGGACACGGAUUGUAAAUAUAAUGUAGCGUCUUCGCUGGCUGCAGCCGGGCACUCCCAGUCCCGUCCACUUCUGAAACUCUUGUUCCUAACGACAACGUGGCUAUGUGCAAUGGAUAUAAACGGACUGUGAGUCUCUUGGUUCAGUAUUAGGGUCACUUUAUUUAUGCUGUAAGUUAUUUUACUUCCCCCGGGCCCCUUUCCAGUCCUCAUUUUGCAUUCAUGCCUCUUUGGAUUUUGCUUUGUGUUUUUUGUUGUUGUGUAACGUAACAGCACUUUAAAAGGGCGACAACUGACUCAACGAGAUGGAGACCAUCUUGAGCCUGUUCGGGGAGACCUGUAUCCGUGACUUUGG